AUGCAUAUUCGGAAUAAGCUUCCCCGCCCGGAAAAAGCACUAUUGUCCACCCGAUUUGAUGUCAACGGUGCUAUCCGGGCCCGAAUCAUUGCUAGCGUCGCAGAACUCAGGUCCAACGCCUUCAAUCAAAUUAUCAAACAUAGCACGGAAAAUCCCCAGAACAUGCUAAUGGCGGUUAUUCUGAACAACUACACUACAACUUAA